AGCAUCUCUCUUUGGGACUAUUAUAAUGGCCUCCUAACCAAUCUUCCUGCCUCUGGAAGUAGAAAUGAAAGAACCAUCAUGAAAAAGAUCUCAAAGAGAAAAGAAGAUAUGAAAAAAAAGAUGUCAGAAGAUAACAGUGCAGAAGAAAAUGUAAACAAGCAUCUCCAAAAAGAUUUAGAUGCAGAAGAAAAUCAAAAUGUAAUAGGAACGUUGAGAGGCAAAGUAAGAGAGAAGCUAAAAAAUGCUAAGAUUAAUCAAGGUGAAAAAUCCUCACCUCAGCUACUCAUUGAUGAGAAGAUAUAUCAGUGGCCUAAGGUUACUCCACAGAUCGAUGUCUCCCUGGAUGAAGGUCUUUGGUUUUUCAUGCCAAGUGGUGAGGAAGCCUCAGCUGUGGGCUGGUGUUCAGAGCAGAGAUCAGUAAAUGAUAGUUAUCCCAAACAUUUUUCACUUGGUGAUAAUUUACAACAUUUUGCUGAAGGCCAAGAUGAAGAUUUUAUGGAGGAAAUCAUUUUCCCAGAUUUACUUGAAGUAAAAGCUGCUGAAUAUGAAGAUGAUCAAGAACAAAUAAAAAAACAACAGGCAAACAUUUUUGUACCAAGUAGUUCUCCAGUGGUCAACCAGUGUAAACUGCCAAAAGAUAUGAUUCCACGCAUUUUGGAAGAUGAAGGAUUCUAUAUUCAGAGAAAGCCACAAAUACAUAAAAAGACCUGCAACAAAAUGGAAAAUCGCCUGCUUACCCUAGAAGAGGGAAAGUGUUGGUUUGAAGAAAGUGGAGAAAUUAUGUCAUUACCUUCACCCAUUAGACAGUCAUGGAAUUUCAGGCUAACCACAAGCAAGGGAUCUUUAAAUCCAGCGCUAAAGACCAUAUACAGAAAGGCAGUGAAACCUGAUCUGGAAAGCUCUAUUAGGAACAAAAUGGAAGGUCAAAGGGAAAUGUACCAAUUAGAUCUCAACAUUGUGGGUUUCCAGUUCAGCCAUCAUCCUCUCUUCAAUCAAGAACAAGUAUUAUGUGCUAGGCUGCUUCAACUUUAUGAGUGUUUCCAGGACAGACAGCAACAGAAUUUAUCUCAGCUGCUUUAUGAGAAGCUGAAAGCACUGACAGAUGCUACCAAAUUAGCAAACGAAAAUUUGGAAAUAAGCCAACUGACCAAAAAAUCUUUACAAGAUUAUUAUUGGCAGAUAAGUAAUACAAAACAGCUCUAUGACUUAGAAAGGGGAAAAGACUUCUCUCUAUUACACAGUAUAUUACGGACUUGGAAACAAAUAAAGUCCCUCCGACAACGGCAAGGGUUUACAAGCACCCCAGUAAAGUUACAGUUUCAAAGGAUAAAAAUGAAUAAAUGUGAUGAACAAAACCAAGAAGAACUGUUAGAAAUGUCUGAAACUGAGAAGAAAACUGAAGGAAAAGCAUUUAAGAAUGGGGAAAAACAGGAGAGCUUCUCAUAUUUAGCUUCAGAACUUGAAGAAUCAGAUAUUAAAAGAAUAAGGCCAAUUACCUUGAUGCCACAACUCUCUUUCACUGCAGAAUUAACAAAUUUAUCCAAGUGUUCACUGCACGAACAAAAGAGGAGAGCCAAAAUUCAGAAGCUUAAGUAUUUUAUUAAAAUAUUAUACAACAAUAAACAGGUUUCUUGCACUUCAGUAUCUCCUCUUCAGUUUGAUUUUAAAGUCAUGUUUCAGCAAAUUUUCAAUAUUCAGUUAAUAUACUGGCCUGAAACAAUUUGCUUGGAGGUUUAUGAGAUAAGUAAAAGGACAAGCUUACUGGCAAAACUAUAUUUACCUUUACCUAACAACACAGAGUUGAAAAGCAAAACUGUUUUGGAAUAUGUAGAGUUUAGCUCUGAUGAGCUGGUCAUACCUGCUUAUGGAGAAGUAGGAAGCAAUGUACCUUUUCUUCUUGAGGGAAAUGGAACUGAGGAACUUUGUCUUUUGACGUCAGGAAAACUGAGCUACUCUCUAUCGUGGGCUUUAGAUGAAAAUGGUAUUCCUCGGACACCCAUGUCACAGUCAUUAAGAUCUGCUUAUUGCAGUGUGUUAAGGAAUGUAGAUGCAAGAGGUGUUCCUGGAAUUCCAUGGUUCAUUAAUGCACAGAAGCUUUUUGAGUGGGCAAAUGAAGUAAAAAUUGAUCCAAAUAAUCCAGAAUAUUCUGAUUUAAUGGAAUCUCUUAUGUACAUGAAACAUAAAGGACAGGAUGUUCCAAAAUAUUUUCGUCUUGAACAGUUGCAAGAUGAAUUUAACUUUGUUUCUGAAGAAGAAAUGAAAAAGAGUAAACGUUUCCAGCUAUUGCAACUUAGAAAUGCAGGUCAAUUAGACAUUUUCCUUCUGCAGCAAAUACCCCUUUACGACAAAGAUAUUUCAGAUUUAGUCUUCCAGGAAUAUGAAAGUCAGACAGAGAAGGAUGUCUCCAUUUCAGAUGUCAAUUCUAUUACUGCACAAAGGAUUAAUUCUGCCAAUUUUCUGAAAAAGAUAAGAAGGUUGAUAAUGAAAAGAAUUGUCAAAGUUAGCAAAUUUAACUUAUCAGAUGUUGUGGCUGAUUAUGAAGAAAUUGUAUCUGCAAGCCAGUUGACACAUGCAAUUUGUAAGCUUGUUGAACGACGAAGGAAGUUAAAGCCUCAGAGGAAAGAAAGAAAAAAGGUAGCAGCGCACACUGUCUGUGAUGGAGAUAUUAAGAUUCUUGUCAGAAUAUUGCGGGCUUAUAACAUUCCUACCAGAAACACAACAGUUAAUAGUGGAACAUUUCAAGUAAAUAUUCCACCAGUUUUGCUUGGGUAUACUUGGAGUAAGACUUAUGUGUCUCCUAAAGAAGAUUAUAAUGGGCAGAAUUUAAAAGAACGUACCUUCUUAAAUAUUUUUGCUACCAUUGAACCUCAGAUAUCACAUGUCACCUGUAAUCCAGAACUAGACAAGUUUUCAGAUCAAACAGAUGUUUUGGAGAGAGCACAGAUUUUUAAUAAAACUUGUAAGGCGAUGUUUCCCAACCGAAGAAUCACAACGACUGUCUUUAAUGAUGAAGGGUUACAGAUCUUAGUAACCAGAUACAUCAAGGCACUAAAUCCACCUCAGCAGCUCCUGGAUAUGUUUUUUCAUGAUUCUAAUGCAACGCUUGACCUCAUUGCUCGCUUUGUAUCUUUGAUUCCUAUUGUGCCUGAUAUUCUGGAUGAAAAUGAUGGUUUUGACAUAUGGAUGACAUCAGAGCGCUGCAUCAGUUUGGCUACUGGAAAUAAGGAAGAGCAUGCCAUACUACUCUGUAAUUUCUUUCUGUAUUUUGGAAAGAAAGCUUUGGUCCUCCUGGGGACCUCAAUGUUGGAAGGACAAGUGGCUUAUGUAUUAACUCAAGAAACUGAUGAAUAUUUGCUUUGGAAUCCAUUAACUGGGCAAUGUCAUAAGCAGUUUGACCCAUUUUGUCCCUUACAAAGUAUAGACUGUUUGUUUGAUGAUCGAAAUGUCUGGUUUAAUAUUCAAGAAAAUAAUACACCGAUGGCUGUACAUUUUGACUAUUCAAAGGAAAGUUUCUGGAAACAGUUGCUUCCAAAAAAUUUCCAAGGGACAAAAGCACAUACCAUACAGCCUGAAGAAAUAAUUUAUUGUGAGACUAAUAAAAGCAUGAUAGAAGAUCUAAGGAACAGGAUUGAAAGGACUCUGAAAUGUAAAAUGAUGGAAUGGCGACCUAAACAGCCAACACGUUGGAAUCGACAAUGCACUUAUAUUUUGCGAAAAAUCCUUCCUAAACUAGAACUUGGCACUGGAAGCUUUGUUUCAUCUGAAGAAGAGAGUGAAUUUGAAAGACUACUACAGUUUUAUUGGGUCACAGGAUUUCCUAUCCAGAUGCCAUACACUGAUGUACAGUCAAUUAUUGAUGCUGUGUAUCAAACUGGAAUUCAUUCUUCUGAGUUUCCCCAGACAGAAUUUGCUCUGGCUGUGUACAUUCACCCAUACCCAAACAACGUGUUGUCUGUGUGGGUCUAUUUGGCUUCCUUAGCUCAACAUCAGUGAAAAGGAAGAAGGGAAAAGGAAAAAAAAAUGUGCUAUGGGCCCCUUGCCCAGAACAAUCAAGACUUUUCUGAUACUUUAGGACUUUGCUACUUAUCCUCAAGUCCAGCCAAGUAUGAACCCAAGUUUUGGUUCUUUUAUAGAGUUGGGCACCAUGGAGACUCACUCCCUGAGCCUUUGAGAAUGAGUGUAGAUGACCUCCCCACCGGAGACCUCUUCAAGGAGAACACUUUGGUUAGUCUGGUGGCCUUGGGUCACUGUCUGCAGUAGGUCUUAUUAUGGGAAAGAAGUGAUUCUGGCCCCUCCCUCUGAAGCCAGUAUUACUCAGGUUGUAGGCCUCACACCACCUCCGUCACAUCGCCUGGGGAGGCUUGUUGA